CUCUUCUCGUAUAGAAGCCUUUAGACUCUUUUCUGCAUCCUUCUCUUGUUAACUCUUGAUCUCUUUCUCUCUCUAACAGGGCACUCUCUCUCUCUCUCUAACAGGCUCUCUCUCUCUCUACUAUAUAUAUAUAUAUAUAUAUAACAAGCUACUUGCUUUCUCGCUCUUUGCAAUUUAUCUGUGAUUGUUAAACUCUUCCUUUUCUCUCUCUACUCGCUUCAGUAGUUCUAGCUAUACGCUCUCUUGUAUGGCUAUGACUCCUUUGGUCUCGAGAAAUCUGGUGAGAAGGGGUUUGAGUCUCUCAGAGCGUGGGUAUGGUGCUAUAAAUGGUGAGGAAAGGCAGUUGAUGGGUGGUGGGAUUCGUCGGUUCACGAAAUCAACAGCUGAUAAUCCAAAAGACGUAGCCGUCACAGAAAGAUCAAGGCCACUAUGCAACAGGCGUCGAAGAGGAUCAUGGAGGAGUGGGAGGGACCUCGCCCCCUUCGGUUUUAAUGAUGUCUUUGCCCCAAUUUCAUUUGGGUCAACAAUGGAACUAGCACUGGAGAAUCUAAACAGUUUGUUCGGUAACUUGACGCUCUCUCGUGCAACCGACGAUUUCGUGAUGCCUUUCAGUGCAACCGACGAGUUGAUCGGAGGCUUCACGCCGUCAUACCAGAUCACCGAGGAUGACAAAGCCUACAAAUUAAGGUUUGAAAUGCCAGGUUUGAGCAAAGAGGACAUUAAGGUCACAAUAGAGGAUGGUAACCUAGUGAUCAAAGGGGAGCACAAGGAAGAAGAGGGGGAUGACACAAAGAAAUAUGGGUAUUACAACACUAGCCUACGUUUGCCUCAGGAUGCAAAAUUAGAUGAAAUCAAGGCUGAGAUGAAGCAUGGUGUGCUCCAAUUGACAGUGCCCAAAACUGAAACAAGUGCAAAAGAUGUGAAGGAGGUGAAAAUAGAAUAGAAAUGCAGUAAAUACACUUGUGGAAGAUUAGGUUUUGGUGAGUUAUCUUUCCAACACAUCAAGUUUGCUAGAAAUAAAAGUGUGAUGUAGUUAUGUAGGAGUAUAUGCUUUUGUAUUAAGCUUCAAAGUCUAGGUAAAAUAUGGUGUGUAUUUUUUUUUAUUAAGCUUCAAAGUCUAGGCGAAAUGUGUGUGUGUUUUAUUCUCAUUUUCUUCACUGGAAGUGUGACAAUUUACUCAUUUUCUUCAUUGGAAGAAGUGUGAUAAUUUACUUA